UGGGUGGAGCUACCCAUGAACAGCAGCAAUGGGAAUGAUAAUGGCAAUGGGAAAAACGGGGGGCUAGAACACAUACCUUCUUCCUCGAUUCACAAUGGAGACAUGGAGAAGAUUCUUUUGGAUGCACAACAUCAAUCGGGACACAGUAGUUCAAGGGGCAGUUCUCACUGUGACAGCCCUUCCCCACAAGAAGAUAAGCAGAUUAUGUUUGAUGUGGAAAUGCAUACCAGCAGGGACCAUAGCUCUCAGUCUGAAGAGGAAGUUUUAGAAGGAGAGAAAGACACUGAUGCUUUGAACAAAAGUGUAGACUGGGUGUCUGACUGGUCCAGUAGACCUGAAAACAUUGCACCCAAGGAGUUCCACUUCAGGCACCCCAAGCGUUCUGCUUCCUUAAGAUUGAGGAAACACGGAGCCAUGAAGAAAGGGGGUAUUUUCUCUGCAGAAUUUCUUAAGGUGUUCAUUCCAUCUGUCUUCCUUUCUCAUGUUUUGGCUUUGGGGCUAGGCAUCUACAUUGGAAAACGACUGAGCUCACCUUCUGCCAGCACCUACUGAGGGAAAGAAAAGCCUCUGGAAAAGCGUGUGACCUGUGAAGUGGUGUACUGUCCCAGUAGUUGAUUUGAAUUUGAGACCAUAAGCAUGACCCAAACUACUACCCUAUUUUUACAUAUCCAAGUUCCAGUAACUCUCAAAUCCAAUAUUUUAUCCAAACUCUGUUGAGACAUUUGACUAACCUCAUUCCCUUUUGGGCCUGUAAGAAACUCUAGAAUUUCCUAACACAGUUUACUGUUUAGAAAAUUUUCAAGGGCUUCUUUUCCGUAAAUGCCACCAGCAGAUUAUUAUUUUGUCAGCAGUGCUUCUGUCUCCUUCUAGUAAACCAGCCUCAUACCUGCUUCAUUCCUGGCAUAAAUUUGACUCUUGCUCGAGAACUACCAUCUUUCUCUUAAGCCAAAAUCAGGUUAGCAGAUAAUAUAUAAGAGCUUUGUUGUUUUAAUUUGUUUUUCAAGAUAAAGGCAAGCUUCUGUAAGCUUGAAUUUAUAGUUAUUAAAACAAGAAACCAACAUGCAAAAAAAAUU